AGGGACUYGCUCGGGACAGUUGGGCACUCCCUUCGCUACUAGAGGGGAACAGGAUAUUAUUGAUGUGCUUCAUGACAUUGAAGACAGGAACCUGAAGGAAUAUUAUUGUGUUCAAUAGAUGUUAAUAUUUUAUUAGAAGUUGAUUCGGGAAAGAUCGGACUAACGCAUCCCAUUGCACCCUCCAUCAUCCAUCCAUCAUGAGUUCCUGGGUUGUGAAUAGGAGAGGAGGGCUGCGGUACUGCCACCACUUUCUCACAGACAACAGCAUCUUUCAUGUGGAGCGAUGCAUGAGUGCCAUGCAGUCAGGGACCCAGAUGGUGAAGUUGAAGGCUGGUUCCAAGGGGCUGGUGAGACUGUUCUACCUGGACGAACAUCGCUCCUGUAUCCGAUGGAGACCCUCACGCAAGAGCGAGAAGGCCAAGAUCACUAUUGAUUCGCUGUACAAGGUGACGGAGGGCCGUCAGUCAGACAUCUUCCACCGCCAUGCGGAGAACAGUUUCGACCCAGCCUGCUGUUUCACCGUUUAUCAUGGCAACCACAUGGAGUCCCUAGACCUGGUGACCUCUAACCCUGAGGAGGCUCGGACCUGGAUGACAGGAAUACGAUACCUGAUGGCUGGCAUCAGUGACGAGGACUCACUGGCCAAACGACAACGCACACACGACCAAUGGAUGAAGCAGACGUUUGAGGAGGCUGAUAAGAACGGGGAUGGUCUGUUGAACAUGGAGGAGAUCUACCAGCUACUGCACAAGAUGAAACGUCAACCUGCCCCGCAGGAAGAUCAAACACAUGUUCCAGGAAGCGGACUCGGAUGACCAACAGGGCACGUUGACGUUUGAAGAGUUCAGUGUGUUUUAUAAGAUGAUGUCACUGCGGCGGGACCUGUAUCUGCUGCUCAUGGGAUACAGCGACAGGAAGGACCACCUGACUGCUGACGAGCUGGCCAACUUCCUGCUCAACGAACAGAAGAUGGUGAAUGUGACUCGAGUACUGUCUGGAUGUCAUCGAAAGUUUGAGCUGUCUGAAGAGAACAAAACAGAAAGGCAUUCUGG